UUCAGGAGAGGAACGAAGCAGCAUGUCUGGAAGAGGAAAAGGCGGCAAAGGUCUCGGGAAAGGAGGCGCUAAGCGUCACCGUAAAGUGCUCCGCGAUAACAUCCAGGGCAUCACGAAGCCGGCUAUCCGCCGUUUGGCUCGCCGUGGCGGUGUCAAGCGUAUCUCGGGUCUGAUCUACGAGGAGACGCGCGGCGUGCUCAAGGUGUUUCUGGAGAACGUGAUCAGGGACGCCGUCACCUACACCGAGCACGCCAAGCGGAAGACCGUCACCGCCAUGGAUGUGGUUUACGCCCUGAAGCGUCAGGGACGAACCCUGUACGGCUUCGGAGGUUAAGCGUUUGACUCGAACAACGAUAAACACAACGGCUCUUUUAAGAGCCCCCCACGUUUCCGCUUAAAGAGCUUUUUCUGUUAUGUGACUUCAAACAUGAUGUUUUGUAGAGGUGGAGAAAACGUUACUUGGAGUUCCGCCAUAAAUAAAAUUAAAAAAAUAAAUGGAUCAGUAAAUUAAUCAAUAAAUAAAAGAAAAACUAUAUAUUGCAAUUGUGAAUAAACACGUUUCUUUAAUUUGCAGUUAUAUAUUUCUCAAUUUAUUUCUGUAUUGUUUUAUUAAUGCCUUUUUUUAAAAUAUUUUCCCGUAUCUAUAUUUUUAUUUAUUUUUUCAUUAAUUCAUUUAUUUAUUUCUGUAUUUCGUCGUUCAUAUGAUUAGGGGGCGUGUUUUUCACGUUGAGGCUUAGCAGUCAAGACCAGGAGGAGAAGAGCUGAUUAAACUGCUCUUUCACUCCAUAAAGAGCUGCAAUGUCACGAACAGACAGACCUGCCAAUGAAUAACUCUCGAUGGCUCCACAGGCCGUGUGUGAGACGGGCGUCCGAAUGUCUGAGUUUGAUCUGAAUUCUACAGAAAAAGACGCUGAAACUCCUCCUCCAAAGCUCUGAACACUACGGCUUGACCUCUGAAUCAGCAGAGGCAGCAAAAUGGAGCAAACUGUCCCCACAGCCUCCAACGGAAGAGUCAAUAAUCCGGACCUGCAUUUUCAGCCAGAUCAGCCGAGACUCUCAGAUCUCUGACUGUCUGCUGCUGUAAGAAGCCGUUACUGUACUGUCUGGUCCUCAGUUACCGCUGAGAGAGCAAGACAAAUACAAUCGAUCUACAGAAACUGACAUCGAUCAACCAAUAGGAGUAUUAAGACGCUGUGACAUCAUUGACUGACAGCCCCUUUAUUAGCAU